GAGGAAGGACUGUUUUUAUUAAUUGACAAUCCAUCCAUGAUGAAACUGAAAGGGAGGAGUAGGUGAGGAUGGCUAUAAGAAGAGACGUUAUGUUUGCCUAGCCGUUUCAUUCUUCUCUUCAGACACAAAGCCAACAAAAAGGAAGACUUGUCCUUUUUUCUCUUCUUCUGUUUGAAUUCCUAGAUAGUAUACCAGUAUAAGGUUUGUCCAUUCAAGUGUGAGGAGGAAUCCCACAUAACAAUUGACAGUUGUUCCCAGCUAUCAUCAUGGCUUCAUCAAAUAGACACUGGCCUAGCAUGUUUAAGUCCAAGCCUUGCAACUCUCAGCACCAAUGGCAGCACGAGAUCAAUUCUUCUCUCAUCUCUAACGGUUGCCAAAGAGCCCCCUCCUGUGCAUCAUCAGGGUCUGAAGAGAGGAGUCCUGAGCCAAAACCGAGAUGGAAUCCAAGGCCGGAGCAAAUACGGAUACUGGAAGCUAUCUUCAACUCGGGAAUGGUGAACCCUCCAAGGGAUGAGAUAAGGAAAAUCAGAGCUCAAUUGCAAGAAUAUGGACAAGUUGGAGAUGCCAAUGUCUUUUAUUGGUUUCAGAACAGAAAAUCAAGAAGCAAGCACAAGCAGCGCCAUUUCCAAAGCACCACCAAGUCACAACCUCCACAAAUCCCUCACAUUACAUCUACUCCUCCCGCAACCAAAACUACUUCUCUCUCAUCAUCUUCAUCCUCUUCUGAAAGGUCUUCUCAAAAUUCAGCAGACAAAACUCUCUCACUCGGUCCCAAGAACCUUUUGGAUACAUCAAGUUCUGCAACUGCUUCAGUUAACCAGCACUUUUUCCAAUCCCACAGUGCUGAAUUCUUGCCUGUACCCUUCUUUUUCCCAGUGCAACAGCCACCCUCUGCUGCAGAGUCAACACCUCCUGCUGCUUUUAGUCAAGGGUUUUGUUUCUCUGAUGCACCGAGUCUUUCUCAUCUGGCUGAUAAUACGAUCCAAAACUCUUCUAGUCUCUUGCUCAGUGAUUUGCUGCUGAUGAACCAUGUGCCCACCAAAAAGGUUCAGGAUGAGAAGAUUAAGCUGCAGCAACAGUUAAACUACACUGCUUUAACUACACCUCCAAUUACUACUAGUCAAAGUAUUUUUUCUCCCACAAGUGUAGCUGCCGUGUCAAGCAUUGAUCACGUUCAUGGUGUUGGUGAAACGGGCUCAGCUGAUCCUACAAAAUCAACCGUUUUUAUCAACGAUGUGGCGUUUGAGGUGACGAGUGCAUUCUUUAACGUGAGAGAAGCAUUUGGAGAUGAUGCAGUGCUGGUACACUCCUCUGGUCAACCUGUUUUGACCAAUGAAUGGGGUGUCACUCUCCAGCCUCUUCAGCAUGAUUUAUCCGACUCGUGGAUGUUGAAGAGAGGGGAUCAGCCAUUCGUCACUUGCCUUGUUUUUGUUGCAUCUCUAUAUCUCGCUCUCUGACUCUUCCGUAGCUAGCUAGGGCUCUCUAGUCUUUAGCUUUGAGUUUGUUGGACUUUUGUGUCAUGGAAAGUUUCAUUAUGUGUUAUAACGAUCUCUAGACUGAUUUACAUAAGUAUUUUGUUAGCUUGUUUAAAAAAAAAAUUUCUUGUUCUUCUGACUCGUUAUUGCCAUUUGUGCAAACUAGAUAGAUAGAUGCAAUUAGCAAGCGUGUGCAAUUCUUGUGGUUUUUGUAGUCUUCCAA